AUGGAUCAAGUCUCGAGGCCAGAUUUCAGAGAAGAGAUUUUCUCACGCCUCUCGAUCAGAAACCAUCGUCCCUUAAACUCGAUCUCUCCAUCGUCCAAUUUCAGCCUCUCGUCGCGCCUCCCUUCGCCGCAGACAGACCACGAUCGACCGUCGGUGACUGUCAGCAAGCAGCCGGCGACAACCGAUCAUCGGCUUCAUGCGAGGAGGGCCAUCCUUUGUUCGCCGAGCAAGCCCACCGUUGAGACUUGCCGAAGAUCCCCGUUCACGACGUUCAGCGAACAGUACCCAGCCGUCUCCGACGAGCCUCCUCAGCCUUUGCCGUCACCAGCAGCCGUGGUUCGUCCACCCCGCGUCCUGCCGGAGAGGAGAGUCUUGCGGCCUGAUUUCUCGCCGAGUAGUGGCGGCCCGCCACCAUCUCAGCCCCUUGCCGUCGCUCCCUUUCCAGCCACCGCGUGCCCCUCAUCCAUCAGCCGCGUGCGAUUUUCAGCAAGGACCGUGCAGUCCAUGAGCUUUCACGCAGUUUGGAGGCGAGCGCCAUCGCCGGUUCGAGAAUUCUUUGUCCGUGAGAAGAAGUUGAAACAGCCGCGGUCCUUCUUUCGACGAGUUUCAUCGGCACUAGUAGCAGUCGGAGACCCCGAACAGCGACGUUUUGAGCCGUACAACACCAUCAUCUCUGUCGAGGGUCAAGCGGCAAGCCAGCGAGUUGCAGCGGCAGAUUAUCUUUUGUUCCUCCACCGAGAGCCCAGCAGCAGAGGAUGUUUUUCCACGAGCAGCAGCCCCGUUCAAACUAGCGGCAGCCAUUCGAGGCUUUUAUCGAGCUCUGAGAACGAAGUCAGUCUCGACCAUAGGGAGAGGAGAGGUGAGACGCGACACUAUAAAUUGAGAGAAAUGAAAAAUGACGAUUACGAUUCAUCUCAUCGACCCAGUUUCAGAAUU